AUGCCCGCCCCGGGCGAUCAACACGGCACCGUAGCGAACCCGUUCGAGGAGCCCCAGAAGCGAAUGAGCGAAUACACGGCCCAAGAAAUUGCUACUUUGCAAAGCCGCCUCGAGAAGCAGCUCGGCCCCGAGUACAUAUCCGCACGCGCCGGGCCAUCGGGCCAGAAGGUCCACUACAUCGCCGCUGAGAAGUGCAUUGCCCUCGCGAACGAGGUUUUUGGCUUCAAUGGAUGGUCCUCGUCCAUACAGAACAUCCAGGUCGACUUCGUCGACGAGCACCCGCAGACGAUGAAGAUAAGCUUGGGCUUGUCCGUCAUCGUCCGCGUGACGCUACGCGACGGCACGUUCCACGAGGACAUUGGGUACGGACACAUUGAGAACUGCAAGGGCAAGGCGGCUGCAUUUGAAAAAGCCAAAAAGGAGGGCACCACGGACGCGCUGAAGAGAGCGCUGAGAAACUUUGGCAACGUGCUCGGUAACUGCAUCUACGACAAAGACUACCUCUCCAAGGUGACCAAGAUGAAGGUUGCUCCAACAAAGUUUAACGAGACCGAGCUGCACAGGCACUCUGAUUUUGCUAUCAAGAAGGAGGAGGAAAAGGCGCCGCUGCCACCGCCAGUCAAGUUAGAGACGGCGGAAUCGAUCGAGGACCUGCUUGAAGAUUUUGACGAAGCAGACUUUGCCGUUGUUGAGAGCGAUCAUCCGGAUGAAGUGGUGCUUCCCCCAGCAGUGAAUGGCGCUGCAAACGAUAGAGCCGCGAGCGUUGCGCCAGCACCCGUUCCUCAGCACAUGCAAGCUCCGUCUCGACAGAUGGGCAGGAGCACAUCGACAGGAAACCUUCGAGCACCUCAAACGCCAAACCAAGCACAGUCACGGCAGGGCCCUCCAACAGGCUACGGUAAUCGGCCCCAAGCACCGAACCAACCUCGGGCGCCCACGAACCCAUCCGCACCAUCCGCACCAUCGGCCCCCUCAGCCAAUGGGAACAUAACCACGCCAGGGCAGGCCGGCAACGCCGCCGAACCCGUUGGCUUCUUCUCCGCACGUGCUGUACAGCAAAUCCCAGAAUCUGCUUUGCAGGGGAGCAACACUGACGCACCUCUUCUGCUGCCAGCCGGGCAACAAGCCUUCAAUCCAAAGGCAGAGAGCCCAUCCAUACGAAAGACCCCCGGCAUAGACCACUCGGUCUCGAAGCCCCUCGCCAGAUCCGGUCAGCACGUCCCGCCCACCGCGUCACAGCAGCCAUCGACAUCCGGCUUCACACCGGUCAGGCCGGGUAACGCAGGCCCAGGAGGUGCGGGGGCGCAGCACCUGCAACUCAGCCAAAGUCGACGAAUCGGAGCUCCAGCGGGUGCCGGUAGUCCCUUGGCCAACCGGGGUUCCUAUCGGCCGCCGACCAUGAAGCGCCCGCUGCAGCAAGAUAGCGCCGGAAGGCCAGCACUGGCUGAUGUGUCAAAUAAUGGGGCUCCAGGCAAUGCCCCCACCGGACAGGGAGUUGAUUCCAAACGUCAAAAGAUGGCUUGA